AUGCCUUCUUAUAUGCCUACCAAGGACAAACAUGAAGAGUUACGACCACUCGCCAAAAUCACUGAACGUGCAUCAGCUAUUCCAGAAAAGGUUUCCCCAUCUCACUCCUCACAUCGAGAGACGCCUGACCACAAGCCUACAUCUUCAUCUGAACGUACAAGGGAUAUGCGAGGCCAAAACGAGGAUGAAGAUACCAGCAGUUACCGAAGAACAACACAUAAACCCGUUAUUGAAGACGAAGAAGAUGAUUUUGUAAAGGUUAGCCCUACUAGACGAUCUCCUACUCGUGGCCAUAAAGAUGAAGACGAGGAGGAAGAAGCAGUAGUUGAACGACCAAUCCGCAAGUCUCCUUCUCGUGCUGAGGAAGCACCUUCUCGCCAUUCCAGUAGUAGUAAACCAGCAUCAGAAUUAAAACCAACCAAACAAGAGAAAGAGGCUCCAGCUACUACCGAAGUGCCACGUGUAACUGUUGUAUUCCUUGGAUUUAAAUCUGCUACAAAUCCAUCGUCUGCACCACCACGCAAAGUCGUAGCCGAAUUAAAAUCGAAUCGUGAAUCACAGACUGUCUUGGAUUUAUUGCAAGAUACUUGUGAACGCUAUUUUGCUGAUGAUGAAGAAUUGGAUCCUACUUCAGCUUACAUAUACACUGGAGACUUUUCCUUGCUUCCUAAAAAGUCGCCUGCUGGUGUGUUAAGAGAUGGUGAUUUUGUGGUUGCUGUUUCUGCUCCUAUCCCAGCUGAUACCAAAGGCAAGAAGAGUGCUCCAGCUGCUUCCGUGAAUGAAGAUGAGGAGCUUCCUGUUAGGAAACGGGGUGAAAAGACUCGUGAAGUUGGGAAAUUUAUUGAAGACGACGACGAGCCUAUUCGACCUAAAUCAACUCGCUCUCGCCAUGAAGAUGAAGAAGAGGACUUUAAAGAUGCUCGCAAGUCUCCUUCAAAAGUUGACGCCAAGAAGCCAUCUAAAUACGAUUGGGCUGACUCUAUCGAAGAUGUAUCUAAAGCAUCAAAGUCCCGACCUGCCACUGCCAGUACUGCCAGUAGCUCCAUUAAACACGCUGCUGAAGUAGAAUCUAGCUCACGAACUGGAUCAGCACGUCCAGCCUCUGCAUCAUCCUCAUCACGAUCCAAAUACGACGACGAAGAGGAUACCAAGUCUCGAACAGCUAAACCGGAAUCUCGUUUACGAUAUGAAGUCGGUGAAUCAUCUACCAAGCCACGUGCUACUGCCUCAUCACGUAAAUAUGAUGAAGAAGAUGAAGCAAUAGUAGCACCCAAGUACUCACGACCUGCGACUGCAACUUCAAGUGCUAGAAAGUACGAUGACGACGAACCAUUACCGUCAUCAAAAUCACGACCAUCUUCAACCUCUUCCGCACGCACCAAAUACGACGAAGACGAACCAACACCAUCUCGGUCACGUCCAGAAUCAGCCCGUCCAUCUUCAUCACGAGUCAAAUACGAAGAUGAAGAAGAACCAAUAACUACCCGUCACAAAUCAGCCUCAGUCGCUGUCAGCACUCCAUCUUCAUCCACGUACCGUCGUCGUACCACCGAAUCUGAAGAAGAGCUGACGGAAGAAGCUGAAGCUCCACGUGCUCGUCAUGCAUCAUCACCAAAACCUGCUUCACCAUCGAAAGCAGUUGCAGAGAAACCAGCAUCCAUGUCUCUCAAAAAAUCCAGCUCUGAAGAUUUAUUGGCUAAAUCGCCAUCGCGUAGUCACGGUACUGCUGGAUCAAAGCUGUUUGAACCUAAAUCGGCUUCGUCAUCGUCGAGAACUGCACGUCCAGCACGUAAAAGGGCUUUGCUGAUAGGUAUCAAUUACUUUGACCAAAAGGUUGAAUUGAAGGGAUGUGUUAAUGAUGUCAAGAAUGUGCACAAGUUCAUUACUACACGAUUGGGAUACUCUGAUGCUCCUGAAGAUAUGAUGCUGUUGACUGAUGACCAGAAAGAUCGCAAGAAGCUUCCCACGUUUGCCAACAUUGUUGCUGGAAUGAAAUGGUUGGUCGAUGGUGCUCAAGCUGGAGACCAUCUUUAUUUACACUACUCUGGACAUGGGUCCCAGAUUCCAUCCGAGAAAGGCGAUGAAGAGGAUGGCAUGGACGACACUCUAGUGCCAAGUGACUACCUCUCUGCAGGUCAAAUCGUAGACGAUGACAUCAACUUGAUACUCGUCCACAAUCUUCCAAAGGGCGUCCACUUCUUCUGUACAUUCGACUGCUGCCACAGCGGCACCAUGUUAGAUUUGCCAUAUACUUAUGACAAGCAUGGCCGCCUCGUUGAACAAAAGUACUCCGAAGUCUUUUUCAAAUUGGACGGUGUGAGUCGCUCCUCUAAAGCCGAUGUAAUUUGUCUCUCUGGAUGUCUGGACGACCAAGUCUCCGCCGAUACUGCUAUUGGAGGACAAUAUUCUGGUGCUCUGUCGUAUGCCUUGCUCAAAGUAUUGGGUGAAGCAUCUCGUAUGCCAACUUAUGAAGAGUUGGUCAAGUCCGUCCGUGAUAUCUUGAAACGUAAAGGAUACAAGCAGUUGCCUCAAAUCUCUGCUGGGCACAUGAUUGAAAUCACUCAGCCAAUCUCUCUGUAA